UUAUGGUGAUUUACAAAAUGCACAACUAAUUUUUUCAAAAAGUCAUUUUACAGAAAGCCUUUGCAAAAAUGACGAUUUUGAAAAAUAUACUGUUUAUCUUGGUGAAUCUGUUGAUUCAUUAGUAGUGUUGACAUGUCCAGAGGACAGCAAUAUAACCGAGUGGAAAUCAAGAAUAAAGUUGGUUGCUGCACAUGGAAGUUUCUCUCAGGCAGAAAAGGACUCACUUCAGCCAAAGACGGACAUCAAAUCAUUAAGCACACCAAAUGACAACAUCUGUGAUGACUUUAUACCAUGCCAAGUUACGUCUACAUACAAUAAAUCAAUUUUUAAAAGAGACUUCGUACCCUCAAUUUCUCAACAGAACACUAAUUCAUUUUUCCAAGAUGAGAAGACGUUUGUGUUUCCUGUUAAAUCGGUCCUUACCAACAUUAUGGGUCAGUGCAAGAAGGUCAAACUGAUUGUCACUGUCUGGCUGUGCAUCUCGCCAAAGAAGAUCUGUCGAGAACAGGAAGCGAAAAAGGAUUUCCAAGUUAGCCAUCUGGUGCAGCUUCGCAAGAAGAUUGUCCAACAAAAAACAUUGACAAAAGAACUGACUGUCAUCAAUCCCCCAGCACUUGCAGUCCGACACGUCACGGCCGGUGACAAACAGUUGCUGCUGUGCCAAGUGCACAAUAGCACAAGCUACACGUUACAGCUUCAUGGCGUCUGCAUUCUGCCGAACCGGGGGGCAGGAAACGCAGGAGAUGUAGAUGGGAGACUUGGAACAACCAAUGAAAAAUGUGAAUGCAGCCCGGUGGUUCCUCUCUCCCAGAUCUCCUACCCAGUUCAUCUGCUGAGCGGUGAAAAGCUGUCCUGUGUGUUCCAUCUUACAGCACCCUAUGUGGAGGCAGAUGCAGUUCCUGUGGAUCUUUUAUUGAAGGCACAUCUAAACUGGAGUCAGAAAAAAGAUAUUGAAGUGGUGACCCUCUAUAGUUUGCCGACACUGAAAGUGAGACGAGCACCAUUUACAGUUUCUGUUGUCUGCAAAGAGGAACCAAAUAUUGGAGAAAAGUAA